AUGCCAAGCCUCGGCAAAAUAGAGAAUUUCAAUUCAGCUACUACAAGCAUCAAUCGCUACCUGGAGCGACUGGAACAAUAUUUCGUGGUAAACAGCGUUCCCGCCGACUCUGCAGAGUCACGCAAACGAAGAGCAAUCCUAAUUUCUUGUAUUGGCGCCAAGGCCUACGAUGUUCUUUCGGGUCUCUGCUCACCGAUUCCUCCUUCUGAGAAAACGUAUGCACAGCUCACCACUAUCCUAAAGAAUCAUUUCGCACCGAAGAAGCUGGUUAUCACCGAAAGAUACCGAUUCCACAAUUUUACACAACGCGAAUGGGAGAGUGUCACAGCGUUCGCUGCUAACCUGAAACAUCUGGCUUCAACUUGCCAGUUCGGCACUCAUCUGAAUAAAGCUUUACGCGAUCGUUUCGUCUGUGGUCAUCGCAGUAUGGAGACACAAAAGAAACUGCUAACCGAGGAACACCCUUUCGAUGCAGCACUGAAGGUCGCCCUCGGCGCCGAAGCUGCCGAAAAGGAUGUUGCUGCGUUCUCGCAAGAAAGUUCAGCUUCUGUUAACAAAGUCGACUCUGGUAAUCGUCGAUGUUUUCAGCCUACCCAACGUCGUAAGGGUCCUGGCAAGCGAGGCAAGUUCAAUUCCUCUAGCAGCAACAUUAAAGACCGCUCGAAAUGUUUGAGCUGCGGAAAAAAGUGUAAGUAUAGAAAUUACACAUGUCAUUCUUGCGGGAAAGUUGGUCACAUCUCGGAGGCAUGCAAAGGGAAACCUCAGAAAGUGCAGCAGCUAGAAGGAUCAGAAAACCCUCAAACUAGUCCUCCCGAUGAUUCAGUUGAUCCUUUUUCUCUCUCGCUGUACAAUCUGAGCUCAGGCCAGCAAGGUAUUGAGAUACCCGUUGAACUGAACGGAACCUCUCUUCUAAUGGAAUUAGACACUGGUGCCGGCGUCUCAGUUAUUUCAGAAGAAACUUACAAGAAACACUUCAGUGGCACACCCCUCAUGCCGUCCAAUACUCGGCUACGUGCAUACACAGGACACCCACUCAAGGUACACGGGCAAAUAAUUGCACACCUAAAGUACCAAGACCAGAGCACCGAUGUCCCACUUCUUGUUGUUCAAGGCUCAGGCCCAUCCCUUUUUGGAAGAGGCUGGCUGUCCCGAAUAAAACUCGACUGGACGAAGAUCUGCAAUAUUCGCGUGUCGGAGACAGACCUCCCACAGGGCGUGGCUUCCCAGUUGCGUGCAACUAUCCAAAACCACCCUAACGUUUUCAAACCAAGUUUUGCGAGGCUCGUUCUGUCCCCUAUGCUCUUCAGGAAGCCGUUGAAGUUGAAUACAACCGUCUCGAGUCAGACGGAAUUUUCGAACGGGUGGAAUUCAGUGAAUGGGCUACCCCAAUUGUUCAUGUCCCCAAGGCAGAUGGAACUACACGUUCUUGUGGUGAUUAUGCCGUUACUGUCAACCCCCAGCUUCACGUCCCUCAGUAUCCAAUUCCCUUCCCGGAGGAUGUCUUCUUGAAACUAAGGGGGUGGACAACGUUUCACUAAGCUCGACUUAAAGAGUGCCUACCAGCAGCUCCCUUUGGAUCCUGAAAACCAACAGUUCGUUACCAUCAAUACGCACAGAGGUCUUUACCGCUACAAAAGGCUACCCUUCGGUAUUGCUUCUUCACCCGCUUUGUUCCAGCGCACUAUGGACAUCAUCCUUCAGGGUUUAG